AUCCUAAAAAGUGCAAGACAGCAAGAAAUUAGAAAAGAACAAAAUCAAAUCAAUCACAAACCUGAAACCUGUGAGCAAAACUUGAAAUCGGAAAUUUUACAAAUAUUUUUUAAAAAGCACGAGUUUGGAAUCUCGAGUAAUUCUGUUAUGUGCUGAUUAUUUAUUUCUAAGUGUACAUGAGUUAAAAUUAUUAAGUACGGUGUACUGUGCUGAGGAAAAUAUUGAUUUUAUGUUGCCCAUAUUUUUUUAAUCAUUACUACUUAUUGAUUCUGUAUUUACGAGCAGAGCUUAAAGCAGUGAAUCACUAAAUACCUAAAAUGGAUCCUGGUAAACAUAUUUUGACUGAUACUGUAUCAGACCAACUGUAUCCUGCUUUGUUUCAAUGUUUUACUAUUAUCUUGUGUGGGUAUAUAGCUGGAAGGCUAAAUAUUGUUUCCAAGGUUGAAUCAAAAGGCAUUGCAACAUUUGUUGGCACAUUUGCCUUACCAUCCCUCAUAUUUCUAUCACUGGCCCGACUAGACUUCAGCAGUGUGAACUGGACAUUUCUACUGGCAAUACUUUUAGCAAAAGGACUUGUAUUCUUUGCAGUUAUGAUUGUCACACUUUCAGUAACAAGACCCAUGAACUUGGGGCGGGCAGGGAUAUUUGCAAUAUUUUGUACACAAAGUAAUGAUUUUGCUUUGGGAUAUCCAAUAAUCAAUGCAAUAUAUGAAAAGACCCACCCUGAGUAUGCUCUGUACUUGUACUUAAUGGCCCCUAUAUCUCUUGCUAUACUCAAUCCUCUGGCAUUUGUUCUAAUGGAGAUUCAUAAACAACGGCAAUAUCCGCAAGCACGUACACCUGAAGCUCAGCAUCGGCUUCACCACUUAAAGAUGUUCCUACAGUUGUCUAAAGGCAUUAUCUUCAAUCCAGUGCUUGUCAUGACAGUGCUGGGCAUCAUUGGUAAUGUUGCUUUUAAACACCGACUGUCUGUUUACAUUGAGGGUUUGUUAGAUGUCUUUGGCCAAUCCUUCUCAGCAGCAGCAUUGUUUCUAUUGGGAUUGCGUAUGGUUGGUCAAAUAACAAGGUUGAAGGGACCUGCACUUUUACUGCCAUGUGUCUUGAUCAUGGUUAAACUGAUCAUUUUACCAGUCAUACUGCGAGAAUGUGUCAGCACAUUGGAUGCUGGAGUUAAUGCAACUGAAACUCAAGCUCUGUCCACAUACGCUUUCCUGUAUGGGACAAUACCGACUGCGCCCGCUGUGUUUGUCUUCUCUAAUCUAUACCAAUUAGAGAUUGACUUGGUGGCGUCAUCCAUGGUGAUAUGCACUUUCCUCUCAGCGCCGAUAAUUUUCCUCUCAGCUCAAAUGAUGUCAAUAAACAAGGACUACGCGGACUAUAUAACGAAGUUCGGUUUCGACCUCUCCAUAGUAUCUCUACUCGCAGCACUAUGGGUGUUGAUUGUUUUCUCUGUCACCAAGAAGUAUAAGAGAAUGCCGCAUAGAUUGACACUCAGCCUCAAUAUAACUCAGAUAUUCCUUGCUUUAAGUGUGAUUUGCACUGGGCCCAACAAAGUGAAUGGUUCAUCAUGGCUCAGUGUAAUGUUGCAAGCGCUGCAGCUAUUCACCACAUACUCCUGUUUCAUGUGGACUUCUAUGCUCACUGUUGGCAUUCUACUUUUAGAGAGUCGGGGUCCCUGUUUCGCGGCGACGCUUUGGCCCGUGCUUGGUUUUGUCGCGUGGGGCACAUCUGGGGUUAUGGUGACAGUGUUGCUGCUCACUAAAGAGGCGGGACCGAUCAACGCCGAUGCUUCUGACGCUAUUCGCCUCAGUGUGCUCUUCUUUUGUAUAACAUUAACCACGGGAUGUCUGAUCCUGUACGUGAGGUUCCGUCGCCGCAGCUCCGUGUUGCCGCGGUCUGCGCAAGACAUGCUCAUUGAUCCUUCCCCGCCAGACGAGACGUCUAGCCUCGUGGAGAACGCCGAGCCCAACUCGCAUACACAGUCUGUGUCUAACUUUGGAAUGGAUGAUCCAGGUUGCUACGGGACUAUAACAACGACUCCUUCCCCAAAUGUGAAUGGGAACUGUUGCGGCGAUGACCCCAACUGCAACAAUGGACUUUUGAAUAGUAACACCCGUGAUAUUGAAGACAUGGCCAAUAAUGGAAGGGCCUGCGCGUGUCCGCCAUCUCAAAAGCUUCGCUGCGGCGACGGCGAGACCUGCCCGUAUCUGAACGAGCUGGAGGAGGCGGCCAACGAGCUGGGCCUGCUGCCGCCGGAGCAGAGUCGCGGCCGCGGCGGACAACUGCUCAAACACACCGUGCUCAUCAUCGCUUACAUGCUCAUGAUGUUCCUAGAUAUGACCUACACUGGAUGGAAAAUAAUGCGCAAAGACCAAGCUGGAGUAUUCAUCGAAAUAGAAUACCUCGACACGGCCGCAGUGACCGGACAAGCUCUGAUAAUGUUCAUACUGUUUGGACUGGACCCGGAGGAAAUGUUGAUACCUGCCAUCCGAUACUUGAGGAAGAAAUGGUACGGCGCUGACACCGUGGUGUUGCCAGCGGUGGAAGACCUCAGUUUCGAAACCAAGCACGUGUGUGAUCAAUUCAUCACACAUCAUCUUGACCGCUGCAGGGAAGCUAUCGCGAAGGAUACCAGGUGGCGCAUGCGCACGUACCGCAACGUAUUCCGCGGGUCGUGCCUAGUGCGCUGGCUUAUACAGUGCGGACUGGCGGCCGAUGAGCAGGAGGCCGUACACUACGCGCGACACCUGCUCGACGGACGCCUCAUCGCGCACAUCCACAACAAGCACCACUUCACCAACUCGCCGCUGCUCUACACCUUCACAUAAACCCCUCAUGCAGU